GAUGAUUUGCGCCUUUUGGCACCCUUCUGUAAGAAGAAAAGCUUCGGAAGAAACCACAAAUUAAUUCAUGGCCGCGAAUCCCAUUUCUCAGGGUCAAGGACUAGCAGUCUUCAGAAAGCAACUCUUCAGUCCCAGCCUCAAGUCCAAUUCUCAGCCGGAUUCUUUUCUCAGGUGCUAUUCUUCUCAGAAAACCGAGAACCAUAAUGAGAAUGAUGAACAACAGCACAGAGCUAAACAACCCAAAUCGUCAACCCCAAAAACCAAAACGGCUAAGGAUAUGGCCAGGCUUGUCAACACCAAUACAUGGUCGAGUGAGCUUGAGUCUUCUCUCUCUACAAUCUCUUCCUCUCUCUCCAAGACCACGGUACACCAAACACUCCACCUUAUCAGAACCCCGCACAAAGCCCUUCAGUUCUUUAAGUGGGUAGAGGUAAUGGGUUUCUCUCACAAUGACCAAUCCUACUUCUUGAUGCUUGAAAUCUUGGGUCGAGCCCGAAAUCUCAAUGCAGCACGAAAUUUAUUGUUUUCAAUUGAAAAAAAGUCUAAUGGUGCAGUUAAACUUGAGGACCGCUUCUUUAAUAGCUUAAUAAGGAACUAUGGUCGAGCUGGGCUGUUCCAAGAGUCUAUAAAGCUUUUUACUACAAUGAAGUCGCUUGGUGUAUCGCCUUCUGUUGUUUCAUUCAAUAGUCUUCUGUCGAUUUUGCUUAAAAAGGGUAGGACAAAUAUGGCCAAGAAUGUGUAUGAUGAAAUGCUCAGUAUGUAUGGAGUGACACCAGAUACAUAUACAUUUAACAUUUUGAUUAGAGGGUUUUGUAUGAACUCCAUGGUAGGUGAAGGUUAUCGCUUUUUCAAAGAUAUGUCGGGUUUUAGAUGUGACCCGGAUGUCAUUACCUAUAAUACUCUUGUUGAUGGGCUAUGUAGAGCAGGGAAGGUUGAAAUUGCCCAUAAUGUGGUGAAUGGUAUGAGUAAGAGAAGUGGGGAUUUGACUCCAAAUGUUGUUACUUAUACGACCUUGAUUAGAGGGUAUUGUGUGAAACAGGAGAUUGACAAGGCUUUAAGUAUUUUGGAGGAGAUGACUACUCGAGGGUUAAAACCAAAUGGAUUUACCUACAAUACUCUAAUUAAGGGGCUUUGUGAAGCGCAGAAGCUAGAUAAGAUAAAAGAGAUUUUGGAAGGAACAAUGAUUGGUGGAGAAUUUACUCCAGAUACAUGUACGUUCAACACAUUGAUGCAUUCACAUUGCAAUGCAGGAAACUUGGAUGAAGCAUUGAAGGUUUUUGCAAAGAUGUCAGAGUUAAAGGUUCCACCAGAUUCAGCUACAUACAGUGUUUUGAUAUGCAGUUUAUGUCAACGAGGGGAUUACCCUAGAGCAGAGGAGUUGUUUGAUGAGUUAUCAAAGAAAGAAAUUUUGUUAAGGGAUGAUGGUUGUAAGCCUCUUGUUGCCUCUUAUAACCCUAUCUUUGGGUAUUUAUCUAGUAAUGGGAAAACUCAGAAGGCCGAGGAAGUGUUUAGGCAGCUAAUGAGAAGAGGAACACAAGACCCUCUGUCCUACAAGACUUUGAUCAUGGGCAAUUGUAAGGAAGGUACAUAUGAAGCUGGGUAUGAACUCUUAGUCUGGAUGCUUAGAAGGGAUUUUGUGCCUGAUGAAGAGAUUUAUGUAUCCUUGAUUGAUGGCCUCUUGCAGAAGGGUAAGCCCCUUCUUGCCCAACAGACUUUAGAGAAGAUGCUAAAGAGCUCUCAUCUCCCACAAACGUCUACUUUCCAUUCUUUACUUGCAGAACUUUUGAAACAGCAUUGUGCCCGUGAAUCUGCCAGUUUUGUCACUUUAAUGUUGGAGAAAAAAAUUAGACAAAACAUUAAUCUCUCAACACAUCUUGUAAGGCUACUUUUCAGUCGUGGGUUACGAGAUAAAGCAUUUGAGAUUGUAGGGAUGCUCUAUGAGAAUGGGUACUCAAUUAAAAUGGAAGAACUGGUUUGUUUCCUUUGCCAAAGUAGAAAGCUUUUAGAGGCAUGUGAAAUGUUGCAAUUCAGUCUGCAGAAGCAUCAAAGUGUCGAUAUUGAUAAUUUUAACCAAGUUAUUGUAGGGCUUUGUGAUAUAAAUAAACUUACAGAAGCAUUUGGCUUGUACUAUGAACUGGUUGAAAAUAAAGGCUAUCAGCAAUUGCCGUGCUUAGAUUCUCUAAAAUCUGCCCUAGAGGUUGCAGGAAGAUCAGUUGAAGCUGAGUUUCUAUCUAAAAGGAUUCCAAGACAGCAGCUGCUGGACAAAUCUGGGAAGUCAAGGCUACAACUCGUUCUACUCCUCCUCAUCAUCAUCAUCCUAAAGAUGUCGAAGCUAGAAGGCAAUGGCGCUAAUGGUUCUUCCAAGCAAUUCCAUGCACCAAGUAGGCACGCUCCUACAGCAGGGAAGGCAACAGUCCUUGCAUUGGGCAAGGCCUUCCCAAGCCAACUGAUCCCUCAGGACUGCUUGGUGGAGGGCUACAUUCGUGACACAAAAUGUGUAGAUGUUGCCAUUAAGGAGAAAUUGGAACGCCUGUGCAAAACCACAACUGUGAAGACUAGAUACACAGUCAUGUCCAAGGAGAUCCUAGACAAAUACCCUGAACUAGCAACUGAGGGCUCAGCUACCAUCAGACAAAGGCUUGAAAUUGCAAACCCUGCAGUGGUACAGAUGGCCUUGGAAGCUAGCCUUUCUUGCAUCAAGGAAUGGGGUAGGCCAGUUGAAGACAUCACUCACGUUGUCUACGUAUCCUCAAGUGAAAUCAGACUACCUGGUGGUGACCUCUACCUUGCCAGCGAGCUUGGCCUGAGGAACGACGUUGGCCGCGUUAUGCUCUACUUCCUAGGCUGCUAUGGUGGUGUCACCGGCCUCCGGGUUGCAAAAGACAUAGCUGAAAACAACCCGGGAAGCCGGGUCUUGCUAACCACUUCUGAGACCACAAUUCUUGGUUUCAGGCCACCAAGCCAGGCACGCCCUUACGACCUUGUUGGGGCUGCGCUUUUCGGUGAUGGAGCUGCAGCUGUGAUCGUUGGAAGCAACCCAAAACCAGGCCAAGAGACUCCUUUCAUGGAGCUCAACUAUGCUGUCCAGCAGUUCCUCCCUGACACUAACAAUGUGAUUGAUGGGAGGCUCUCAGAAGAAGGCAUUAACUUCAAGCUUGGAAGGGACCUGCCUCAGAAGAUUGACGAAAACAUCGAGGAGUUCUGCAAGAAGCUGAUGGCCAAGGCUUCAUUGAAGGACUUCAAUGAAUUGUUCUGGGCUGUUCAUCCAGGAGGACCUGCCAUUCUUAACAAGCUAGAGAGCACCCUGAAGCUGGGCAGUGAUAAGCUAGAGUGCAGCAGGAGGGCUCUGAUGGACUAUGGAAAUGUUAGCAGCAACACCAUUUUCUAUGUCAUGGAGAAUAUGAGGGAGGAGUUGAAGAAGAAGGAGGAGAGGGAAGAAUGGGGGCUUGCCUUAGCUUUUGGCCCUGGAAUUACAUUUGAAGGAAUCCUCAUGCGCAGCCUGUAG